AUGGUAAAUAAUAAAGUACGAUGUAUUGUUUAUGGACAACAACAUGUAGGAAAAACUUCAUUCAUAUUGAGUUAUUUAAAUUUACCUAUACAACAUCAAAAUAUAUCAUGCAAAGAAUCAUUUGUUAAAACUGAAAUAUUAAAUGACCAAAUUGUUUGUCUAUCAAUAGAAAAAAUAUCUAAAGAAGAAGACUUAACUAAUGAAGAAAUAUUAAAAACAGAUAUUUGUAUACUUUCAUUUUCAGUUAAUGAUCCUAUAUCAUUUGCAUAUAUAAUACAUGGAAAAUCAAUUAUUUGUAAAUAUAAACCGGAAAUGCCUCUAAUUAUUUUAGCAACAAAGUCAGAUUUGCGAAAUUCAAUGUUAAAAGAUCAUCCUUGUAUAGAUAUGUCGCGUGUUCAUCUAUUUGCCUCAGAAAUUGGUGCUUAUGCAUAUUUUGAAACAUCUAUAUUUUUAAAUGAUGAAUCUUCAUUAACUUUUAGACAGGCAAUUAAAAUAGUUAAACUUGUUAAUGAUUAUAACAAUACAAUUAAAUUACAAAUGGUUUCUCCAAUUCAAAAAAUGUUUUCAACUUUUAAAAAUAUAUGGAAUAAAACGAAUAAUAUGUUUAGGGAACAAAUACAAGAAAAUAAUCAUGAUAAAGAUGAUAAUGAAGAAGAAGAAGAAAAUACUAUUAUUACAGCUAAACACAAAGCACAAAAUUCUACAGUUGAAGAAAAACACGAUGAUAAAAUAAAGUUAUUGUCAACAUUAAGUGCAACAAACUUAGAGUAUAUUGAUAUAAAUGAUACUGUUAAUAAUUUAACAGAAAAAGAAACAUUUGUAUAA